AUGGGCGAAGUCGUGCGGAUAUUGGUGUUUGUGAUGGCUUUCAUCAGCUGCAAUGCCCUCCUGGAUCUGUCUGGUGUUCACCAGGUCAAGGGCACAUGGAUGGGAUCCACCACUUUACCAUGUACCUACACACCCUCAGAAGGUUUCACAGAGCAAAUGCUCAGCUGGAGAAUGGAGCGAGACUAUAGCACCUCUACCAUCUUUCGGAGGGACGAUUCUGGUGACCACAUCUUGUUAUCUCGGUUCCGAGACCGGGUCAGCGUCCCAGAGCACAGCCCAGGGGAUGCCUCACUCCUGAUUGAGAACCUUGAAAUCCCCGACAGUGGACACUACACCUGUCAAGUCAUCUGGAGAUCUAAAAAUAAUAGCUUGAUAACAAAGGAGGUGACCACUACAGUUAAAGUUGUCAAAGUGGCGGCGACCAAGCCCGUCAUCAGGGCCGGCGAGCUGGGGCUGACGGUCCCGGCAGGAGCCAGGACCAGCCUGACCUGUGUGGCCAGCGGCGGGUCCCCUCCCAUCAGCUACCGCUGGUUCAGGAGCACCCCGGGAGGGAAAGCCCAGCUCCAGAGCAGCCAGGCCGAGCUGGUGUGGGACAGCGUGCGGCCCUCCGACGCCGGGAAGUACUACUGUGAGGCAGAAAACCGGGUUGGGGCCGGGGCUGUGCAGCAGAGCGACGCCGUUGAGCUGAUGGUGAGAGAACCUCUCUAUGAAGUUGCUUUCCAUAGCACUGCAGAUAUCACGAGGUUGGAGACUGAUGUGGAAGUCCCUGUUAGGUAUCUACAGAAGGAGACAAAUUCUAAGACUGAAACAUCCAAUGACACUUUCACCAUGAAAAACAACGGCCAUGGCAGCAUAUGCAUCAGGAAAAAUCCUGAGUAUGAGAACCUUAUGAAUGCAAUGGAAUCAGAAUUUGAAAUAGAAAAAAAUUACUAG